UAGCAAUUAAAGUUGACCAAUCACAAGCGUACAACUCACCGUAAAGAGCAAGUAAAGAGGUGGCUCACAUAAUCACAGUUUACGUGGCACAAAGUACUGCUAUUUCAGAUUUAAGUAGAACAACUUACUAUAAAAAUGAACCGUCUGCAAGACUGGAUGCUUUAUUCAGCGAUUUUAUUUCUACAUUUUCAGCUAUUACAUGCAAUUAGCUGCCCUGUUGGCUGGCACUAUUUUGAUGGGAGUUGUUUCUUUGUUGAAUUUAAUGAUAAAACGUGUUUAAAAGCGCAGCAAGACUGUAGUAAGCACGGUGCACACUUAGCCAAACUUAACUCACAAAAAAGGAUUGACUACUUUAAAGCAAAGAACGUUCGAUACAUCUGGAUUGGACUGCACAAACACGUUUCGACCAACACCUGGAGAUGGCACAAUGAGAACACAGCCGCCACUUUCACAAGAUGGGAUGUAGCUGACGAACAGCCUGACAAUCGCGAGGACGUCUGUAUAAAUGCUCGUUAUUUAGAUAAAUGGCAUGACCAGAACGGCGAACACAAAUCCAAUUCCGUUUGCGAGAAACCAGUUUGCAAAUGUAGAAGAAAAUAAUGCGCCCUAGACCCAUGUCUGUGCUAUGCUAUUUGCGCUCUAGCCAAAAAAUAGCAUAAAAAAACAGCUAGUUCGUCGAAACUAUCCACAGUUUUAACAUUUCAUUAUGCUAAUUAUUUUAAAUUUUAAGCAAUAUUUUACACCUAAAAUCUUGAAAUAAAUCGUUUAUGUAUCGAUACUAUAUUCGAUAAAGAGCUUAUUUCAAUAUUUCAGUGGUGUUGAACUUUAAGGAUACUUUGGCAAGAAAAUUUUUUUAUUUUUUUUUUCUCAGGUGCUCUUAAUAUUUCAAAUAAAAUAAAAGAGAUGC